AUGGCUGCGGACAACACUGACGACGAAGCGGAGCUUUGGACCGAGGCGUAUCUGCGCGAGGAUGUGUUCUGGCUGCAGGUGCUGAAGCAGCACCACGUGCAUCUUCCGGACCCAGCCACAGGCGAGCGCACGCCGCAACCAGGUUGCCUUAAAGCUGAUAACCCCCGUGACUGCAAAAGCGGCUUUCCGCGGGUGGCUGAAGUGACCGACGAGGCGGCCGUCAUGUGCCCGUGCCGUUUGCAGGCGCGCGGCAUGCCAGCGUCCGGACGCAAGAAUAGCCUCUGCACGCUUCAGGGACCUCGCGACGAAGCCUACCUCAACGGCACGCACCCUGCCAUUUUGGCAUUUGGUCGCUGCAACUCGGAUGUGCAGCUCCCAUACCGCUUGCCGUAUGUCUGCGACGUGUGCGCGUCGCCGACGGACCCCUGCGAGCUCCAAGAGAUCGUGACAGCAGCGCAACGAGCUCCAGAAGGGCAUGCUCGCUUAGCAGAACAAACACAGGGCCGUCGCGUGGAGUACCAGGGCAAGCGGCACAUGACGCGCUUUUUAUCGGAUGCGUAUUGCAAGGGGAUCGUUCGAGGGCAGGCCGAGUGCUGCAAUCUGCGUUGCAACUACAAGGACAGCGACGCGGCGUGCGCGGAAAGAAUCACAACAACGCAGUAUGUGACAUUUCCCGGACAAGAUUUCCUUCGCUACGCAGACUUGGCGAUGACCGGCGAGACGGAACACCGCCGGCGGGUGACAGCAAUGUCGCUGGGCCGCAGCAAGCACGUGCCGCGACAGCGGCAGCUGGCAGAACGCGAACCAGCAGAGUUCUAUGCGCGCCGUCCCCGCAACAGCGCUUGCUGGCAUCUCUCCCCCUACGAAUUUCUGCUGUACUGGCAGGUUGUUCCUACGAAAUCGCCGGCCACAUUACAGGAGUGGAAGACAGAACCCCGCAGCACGUGGGACGUGGUGCUGACGGAGAGCGGCGAGGAAAAGCUUCGGGCGGGAGGAGGCAAGCGCGUGCGCCUCGUGCCCGGCAAGGAUACGCGCCUGCGCGUCGAACCCAGCGGCGACACCCUGGCCUUCGAGGACAUCCCCACGAACGCGCGCGUGCGUGCCGCGUGGCUGCUGCGCAGACGUCGCCGCCCGCGCUGCCCGACCUUUGGCCACUGCCCGGUGCCGCGUUACCAGCAAGAAUGCCAGGAGGAGAACUCCAAACUAUGCAUGGUGUAUUUUCGGGCGUGGACGGGCAUGCCCCAGCAUGCGGACCGCGACGUGCCUCAUAUAGCCGACUUGCAGGGCAGCUACCUCGCGUGGGAGACGGCCUUUCGGGCCUGGCUACAAGAGCUUCCGUGUCAGGAAACGAAACAGCACGUUGGGAAUUUCCUGUCCGUCUACCGCGUACGCUCUCUCGCUGCGGACGCCGAGAACAGUGACAACGACGGCGCAGACACGAGUGCCGUGCGCGUGACUGCGGACAAUCUGGCUACGAGCCUGACCACGCGCAAAACAGAAAAAAACGGGGUGGAGGCGCCGGACGCAGAAUACGCAGACUUGGAGCAGACGUGGCGAGCGGAACAAACAAACGAAGGGAAGCCGGGCCGAGCGCUAGCCGCAGAGAACACGCUGGAUGUGCGUGAACUGGUGAAAGAAGCACGGAAAGCGCCGCAAGGCGGCGCAGAGGCAGAGGAUGCCGUUGCAGAGGAAGCGCUGGAGCGCGAACCGACUGUACGCACGCGUGGCAUCCGUGCCACCGUGCGUGCUGUCCACGAGUGGGUGACGGAGUUACGCACUCGCGUCGAUGAGAAGGGCAGACCUAUCUGCAACAGAGCGCAGCACGCUUUCAUCGAGCGGGUGGCGCGUCGAGUUGUGGAAGAGAUGCAAACAGGCGAGGCACAGGGUGGUGCGCGUUCGGGCCUGCCGGACGCUAUGCGCUGGGUGCUGCAUGGCGGGCCUGGCACCGGCAAAACACACGCGGUCAAACUUCUGCACAAGGAGCUAUUCGAAGACAUCCUGGGCUGGAGCCAAGGCCUGCAGUUUCAGUUCGCGGCGCUGCAGGCGGUAACAGCCGAGAUGGUCGAUGGGGACACGCUGCACCAUGCCUUCGGGUUGAGCUGGGGCCAGAGCGCCGCAGACACGACGCCGCUAACGAAAGGACUGCAGCAAGCGCAGCGCAUGCUCCAGCUGCGCUGGCUGAUAAUAGACGAAAUAAGCAUGGUGAGUGUGGAACUCCUAGCAAAGCUAGAGCAGGCGUGUCGGCGGGUGAUCCGGAAUGGCAGCCCGUUCAGGCGCGAUGUAGCCAACGUCGACAAGCCCUUCGGAGGCACCCGGCAGCGGCCCCUCCUGGCGCAGGGGCAGGAGUUGAUGUGGGGGCCGCCGGAGCUUGCUUUCCAGGGUUGCACGGAGCUGGAGGAAUGCGAGCGCACCAAAGAUGAGUGGCUCAAAGAGUUGCAGGACGAAUUCCGCUUCGGUCAGCUCAGUGCCGACAACCAUGCUUUCUUGCACGGAAGACCAACGCGCGAAUGCGCGGUGUGCUGCGCCGAGCGUGCUUCGCGCCGAUUAGUAGCCGAAUCGUCGCACGAUCCCCGAUUCUUGGGUCGCUUCGUCCUCGCGCCCUCCAUCUUCGCCACGAACGUACGGAAAUGCCACACGAACAAAAUCCGCGCCGAGGCUUUCGCGCGUCGCACGAAACGGCAUUUGCACUACGUCGUGGCCCAGGAUUGCGCUUGUGCGGCCGUCGUGCGCGAGAAACCGGACCUGGCCGAGCAGAAACUGCUCUGGCCGCAACGCCAUGACCGGGAGUGCGGCGAGCUGUGUGGCAUGCUGCCGCUGUGCGACGGCAUGCCGGUGCUUUUGACGGACCAUCUGAACCGUGCGCGCGGGCUCCUGAAAGGACGGCGGGGCUUCGUCACGGGUUGGCGCCACGCUACUGAUGGCGCCGAACCGGCGGGGCCCGGCUGCACGGUCUGGAACCAGCUGCCCGAAGUAGUUUACGUGCGCUUCCCUGGCGCGAAGUGGCGCAUUACUGGGCUGGCCACGGGCGUGUAUCCCGUUGUGCCAAAGCGUGCGACGUGGCAUCUGGAUGCCGGCCGAAAAUCGCCGGUGCUGGCAGUCCGGCGACGGCAACUUCCCCUAAUACCAGCUUUCGCUAUGACGGCGCAUCAAGCGCAAGGACAGACGCUGGAGGAAGGCAUCGUCGCAGAUCUGUGUUAUGGCACAUACAGCAACGUCUUGGCCGCCUACGUUGCCUUGACGCGGGUCACGAGCCAGGAAGGCGUUCUCAUUCUGCGGCCCUUCGAUGCGGCUCCAUUCCAGCAAGGCGACACCAGCUUCCGAGCGUUGUUGAUGCAGCACUUGCGCAUGCAUGACGUCAACUGGGAUGCCAUCGUGCAGAGGUACGUGCGUGUCAAGACCUGCAGCGAGUGUCGCACGGAGCGGUUAAAGUCAGCUUUUACAGCAGGACAGUGGAAGCAGCCGGACGAGGUGGGGAUCUGCAAGGAGUGCACGAAGUCGUACCGAGAGCGCGGCACGCCGUACCGCUGUAGGCGCUGCAAGCGAUGGCAGGCACCGGAGGCAUUUCCCGGAAAAAUCAGCAAUUAUCUGAUCUGGCAGAGCACCUGCUGCAUGUGCCUGGAGAAGCGGCAAUGCGGAACUUGCGAGCGCUGGUAUCCGCAGGCAGCGUUCACGCACAAUGGCUGGCGCCAGAAACGGGAUCGGACGUGCAACGUGUGCCGCCAGCAGCUGCGAUGCCGAGAUAUUGGCCUGCGCGCGCGCCGCAGGCUGCACAACCGACGGGAAAAGGUGCGCGCAGCAGACCGCUGCAGGAAGCGGCUGCAGAUUCUACAGGAGGUGCGAGCCGAAAUCGAGAAACGGCAAAAGCAAGGAAGCGGCACCGGCGCACAGUGCCGAGCCCAGGUGCCAGCAGCAACAGAAGACGGGUGUCAGGCGUGUGCGGCGUGCUGCGCGGGCACGAACAGCGAAAUGGGGGCACCGAGAGAGUUGGCGCCGGGCGGCGGCAUGCAUGACCGUAGAGGAAGUCCGGCCUGCGAGCCCGAGCGCGCGCGCUGCCCCGCCUGCACGCAAGCUGUUGCGAUGGAAGUCAAAGACGGCCGUGUAGACGUCGCGUACGAAUGCCCGCAGUGCAAGGCCAAGGUCGACUCAGCCGUGCGAGACGGACGCAUCGACAAGCGACGGAAAUGCGGACACCAGUUUAGGGUCGCCGCAGCGACCCGGUUGGCGAUCACAUGCUUCUCCUAUGAGUGCCCACAGUGCAAGGCCAAGGUCGAAACAGCCGUGCGAGACGGACGCAUCGACAAUCGACAGAAAUGCGGACACCAGUUUAGGGUCGCCGCAGGCAAAGUCGUCGCGACCCGGUCGGCGACCACACGCUUCUCGUAUGAGUGCCCACAGUGCAAGGCCAAGGUCGAAGCAGCCGUGCGAGACGGACGCAUCGACAAUCGACGGAAAUGCGGACACAGGUUUACGGUCGCCGCAGGAAAAGUUGUCGCGACCCAGUCGGCGACCGCACACUUCUCGUAUGAGUGCCCGCAGUGCAAGGCAAGGGUCGAGUCUACCACGCGAGACGGAUGCAUCGACAAUCGACGGAAAUGCGGACACCAGUUUAGGGUCGCCGCAGGAAAAGUCGUCGCGACCCAGUCGGCGACCGCACACUUCUGGUAUGAGUGCCCACAGUGCAAGGCAAGGGUGGAGUCUACCACGCGAGACGGAUGCAUCGACAAUCGACGGAAAUGCGGACACCAGUUUAGGGUCGCCGCAGGAAAAGUCGUCGCGACCCAGUCGGCGACCGCACACUUCUGGUAUGAGUGCCCACAGUGCAAGGCAAAGGUCGAGUCUACCACGCGAGACGGAUGCAUCGACAAUCGACGGAAAUGCGGACACAAGUUUACGGUCGCCGCAGGAAAAGUCGUCGCGACCCGGUCGGCGACCGCACACUGCUGA